AUGGCAGUCACACUGCGGCGGCGACACCUGCUCGACCUCCCCGACGAGCUCCUCAUCCAGAUCCUGUCAGUGCUGCCUAGCCAACACGACCUCUUCUCCGUCUGCCUUGUCUCGCGGCGGAUGAACUCGCUCACCGACCCAGUGCUGCACAAAUCCAUCCUCUUCGACCAGCCUAAGCACCACCUCACCUUCUCUGAAUCGCUACUCACGCGCCCGAGACGUGGAUCCCUCAUCCAAAAUGUCCGGAUUGAGUACCCGAGCUCCGAGCUCAGUGAGUUUAUGUUCUUGACAGAGGAACGGGGGCCGGGACAGGUGGAUCGCUUUUCGCACACGCUGUCUACGAUGAGCAAUCUUGAGGAUUUGGUCAUUUCGGUCCCAGACACUUUGUGUAGGGCGAUUGGGAACCUUUUUAAUCAUCCUUUUGAUCUGGCUUGCUUGAAGUCAUGCGAGUUGUAUUAUCACUGCGAGGGAGGUGCAUACUGGGACCUCCAGGAAAACAUCCACAUCUUCUCGCACCCAACUCUCGAGACUCUAACCAUCAGGCAUGCACGGCUGGAUGAGCGAGGUUUCGAUUCCCUGGAAAAGCCCGAGGAAACCGCCCUCCAAUAUCUCCACCUUCUAGAUUGCGACAUCAAUGACGAGGCCCUUACCGAUAUUUUACUCCACCCUGAAACGCUGAAGGAAAUCACCAUCACCCAGAAACCGCAUCCAAGCCCCGAACUCGAGGAAUCUCCAGAGGAUGUUGGCGAAUUCAUCUUCGCCCUUGGCUCAGCCCACCACUCCCUCGAGAAAAUAACCGUCGAUUUCCCAACCUUGGGUUCCAAGUCCGCACUCCGUCUCCGCGAUUUCGACGCAGUAACCGAACUCCAGCUCAUGGAUUAUCAACUCCUCGGCAUUAGCAAUGGCAAACCAAGAUUACAUUCCGUUGGUUUGCCACCUAAUUUGGAGAUCUUGACGUUUCCUGGCAGGGUGAGUGACGAUGAGGAGAUUCUGGAUCUGCUGGAGUAUAUGAUUGAGAAUAAGGAGGUUUUGGCGCGGAAGUGGCGGAUUUUGGAGGUGGAAGGGGAUGAGGAAGGACUUCCGGGGAGGAUUAGAGAGGCGUGUACGAGGGCGGGGUUGCAGGUUAUGGGGUUUGAGAGGUAG